AUGCCGCAGAUCGGAGAAUUGGAUAGUCUUGAUCAACAGCGAUUACCUGUGUCGACGUCUUUUCGACCAACAUCACCGGAAAGAAGCCACUUCAUCGUCGAGUUUUGGAAGCUUGAUGUAUCAUGGAUUUUCGCCGCAAUGAUCCCGGGAAUGAUUAUAACAACGCUCUUUUUUUUCGAUGUCGAGGUAUCUACAAUAUGUGCCACGAUCUCGCGAUACAACGUCCGCAAGCCAGGCGGGUAUGCAUGGGAUGUCGUUCUUCUCGGGAUCACCACGGCAAUAUGCGGCAUACUCGGUAUCCCCCCUGCGAACGGUCUCCUCCCGCAAGCACCGCUGCAUUCCGAAUCUCUUCUUCAUGACGAGGAGGUGAGGGACGAAGAUGGAAGCGUCAAGAAAAUCACCACUGUCCAUGAGCAGCGGUGGAGUCACUUGUUGCACGCGAUCGGUAUCUUGGCAUUCGUGAGCCCGCCGUUGAUGCAUGUACUGGGAUUGACACCGACCAGUGUCUUGGCUGGCCUGUUUCUGUAUAUGGGGGAACAAAGUUUAAGCGUGAAUCCGAUACUGAUGAGAUUUUUCCAUAUUUUGACGCCUUCGAGUGAACUGCCACCACUACCCAAUGGAAUCAAAGGCUACCGCGGAAUUCAUAUGUACACUCUGCUACAAAUAGUAGUGACUGCGGGCAUCUUUGCGGUCACACUUACACCUGCCGCGCCAGCGUUUCCAGUCAUUAUUGUGCUGUUGGUGCCAAUUCGGCUCAGGAUCAUGAACAAAUGGUGGAACCGGGAGACAUUAAAACAUGUCGACGCUUGGGCUUGUAAGGAAGGAGAGUUCGAUGAUGAUGACGACGAAAAGGACCAGGUGCGUGAAGCAGCUCGUAUUCGUCAGUCCGAGGUAUCAGAAGCAAUAGUAUGA